AUGGGUCACCCAGAGCAGGCCACAAGGACGAUCUCCGAGUCCGACCCCGAGGCCGGACCCAGCGAGUCCCAAGAACAACUCGUCAAGCCGAUACGAACAUGGAAGGGAUACAUCUGGGACACUUGGGAGCUUCCUUCGGAUCAACGAAGGCUACUGUUCAAAGUGGAUGCCUUUGUGCUGACCUUUGCGUCGAUUGGAUAUUUCUUGAAGAACAUUGAUCAGAGCAAUAUCAACAAUGCUUUUCUCAGUGGUAUGAAGGAAGAUAUGCAGAUGUACGGCAAUGAAUUGGUCACUAGUACAUCUAUCUGGACCGUAGGCUAUGUGAUUGGCCAGAUCCCAUCCAACCUUUUGCUCACUCGCAUUUCACCACGAUGGGUCAUUCCUGCCCUCGAGGUUGGAUGGGGUAUUGCCACCAUUUGCACUGCGUCUGUUCAAUCUGUCAAAGCCCUCUAUGCAUUGCGCUUCCUUGUGGGACUGUUCGAAUCCGGAUUCUACCCUGGCAUUCAUUACAUGCUUGGCAGUUGGUACACACCCCGCGAGAUUGGAAAGCGAGCCAUGAUUUUCUGGCUGGCGGGGUCGGUCGGAACUCUCUUCAGUGGUUUCUUGCAGGCAGCGGCGUACAAUAACCUGUCGGGUGUACAUGGCUAUGCUGGAUGGCGCUGGCUGUUCAUUGUCGACGGCAUCAUUACCUUACCACUCGCCGUUGCUGGUUUUGUCUUCUUCCCAAAUCUUCCUCAAGGCGGCAAGAAGACAUGGUGGACGACGGAAGAGGAACAUUUGCUCUCGGUCAGACGAAUGCAGGCGGUUGGGCGAGAGGGCAAACAACCUUGGACUAAAGCAAAGGUCAAGAAGAUCUUGCUGAGCUGGCAGACGUAUUUGCUCCCUCUGCUAUACAUUGUUUGGAACAACGGAUAUCUGCAAGCAGCCAUGGGCUACUGGCUCAAGAGCUUCAAUACGACCCCGGCGCCUGUCCCCGGCGUGACAUACUCGAUAACAGACAUUAAUCAAUUGCCUAAUGUCUCGACUGGAAUCUUCAUCGCAAUGGCACUCAUCUGGGGUUGGCUCUCUGAUGGUCCCUGUCGCGGGGCUCGCUGGCCGUUCAUCUAUGCCGGUGCUAUCAUAACGAUUCUCUUCUCUACGCUCCUUCGCCAGAUGCCACUUUACACAAACAUCCACGGUCGCACAGUGGUGUACUGGCUGAGCAACAUUGGUCUUGGAGCAGGUCCUUUGAUCCUUAGUUGGAUCAACGAAAUAUGUUCCAACGACAGCGAAAUGCGAUCACUGCUCAUUGCGAUGGCCAACGACUUGGCCUAUGUUGUACAGGCCGUGGCGCCGAAUUUUGUGUGGAAGACGACGGAUUUCCCUGCCGCCAGGAAGGGGUAUACCUGGUCGAUUGUCCUCAAUGUUUUGCUCAUACUCGUCACCGCGGCAAUCCAGAUAUUGCUCCGGCGGGAUAAAAGGCGUGCGGCAAGGGCAAGCGAUGAUCAUUCAUCCAUAACUCCUGUUGGAUAUACGAUCAAUGAAAAUAAUCUUGAUGAAAAAGCUUCUCGGCACGGCGAGAUAUCAGCAAAGGAUGCAGAGGUGGCUAGGUGA